AUGAAGUUCUCCAUCAUCGCUAUGGCCACCCUGGCCGUCGGUGUCAUCGCCGCCCCAGCUCCAGAGGCGGAUGCCUCCGUCGACCUUGUCGAGCGCACCUGGAACAAGUGCUCCCACUACAAGAGCAAGUGGGAGAAGUGCCAGAAGGAGGAGUACGAGGAGGAGCACGAGUACAAGGAGUGCAAGAAGGGCGAGCAGAAGGAGGACCACUACAAGCACGGCUAUGAUCAAUGCGAGAAGGACAACAGCUACAACAAGAAGAACUGGGAUAACUGCAAGACCAAGUGGGGUCACCAGCACAAGAGCAAGUGCACGAAGGAGGAGAAGGCCUGCAAGGACAAGGAUGAUCAGUGCAAGAAGGACUACAAGAAGUGGCAGCACCAGAAGAAUGAGUGCGACGACGAGUACAAAGAGUGGCAGAAGCAGAAGAAGGAGUGUGCAGAUGACAAGUACAAGUACGAACAUUACUGCCACUAG